UUGUCGUUGUCCAGAGGCAUGUGGGGCUGGAGGAAUCAACACAAGGAAGGGAACAUUUACUCGCAGUCCAAGACACGUAGUGCUCAUUUCUGCAGGGGUGCAGUAAAGCUGUCACUGUCCGGAGUGCUUGACACAACCGCAGCUCAAACUUCCGUCCAAACGUGCAAUUCAUUGUUGAAUCUGCUUCCUUUUUAAAGGGGUGUGAGGAAGAUUCGAGAUAAGCGAAAACAGCCGUCUUCUGUUGUCGUUAUGCCUUCAAUCUAGCACAUGUUUUCAUUCUGACGUUGAGUUUUGGUGACAACACAGCGGGGCAUCAUGGCUGAAGAGGAGCUCAUGUUUAGCAUGGAGGAGGUGGGCAGUGCUCGCGAUGGCUCGAGGAAUAGAUGUGUUAAGAACAGAGUCUGUUUUCAAGACUCUAAUGCGAGUGAUGAUGACGACGAAGAUGAUGAAGAUGACCUCCGUAUCUGUCCCAUCACCGACGACCUCAUAAGCCCCACCAAAGGCUUUUGUGAAUUCCCAAAGAACCUCGCUCAUAACCAGCAGCUUUCUAAUUCAUUGCCCAAAAACUCAUUUACGUACAAGAACAAAAAUGACAACAUUGAGGACGUCAGGUUUGGCUCUUUAACUGAGAAAGGCCGGGCAACUUGGAAACAUGCUAUCGAGAAAGCCAAAGCCAUGCCAGAUCCUUGGGCUGAGUUUCAUCUGGAGGAAAUGGAGACUGAGCGCUGCACUCGAUACAGAUACAGUGCAGUUACUGGAGAAUGGGCAAAGGAUGAAAUAUUUAUCAAGGUUUCCUCUCAGACAUUUGGAAAGGGAGCCAUGAGGGAAUGCUUCAGAGCGAAGAAGUUAUCAAACUUCUCCCACAGCCACAACUGGAAAUCAGCCUCAAACUAUGUGGCUAAGAGAUACAUGGAGACCGUGGACAGAAGUGUUUACUUUGAGGAUGUGAGGUUACAAAUGGAGGCUAAAUUGUGGGGCGAGGAGUUCAAUCGCCACAGGCCUCCCAAACAGGUUGACAUCAUGCAGAUGUGUGUCGUGGAAAUGACCACGCGCCCAGGCAGCCCUUUGUUUCACUUGGAGCACUACAUUGAGGGGAAGUACACAAAGUACAACUCCAACUCGGGUUUUGUGAGGGAUGAUAACAUACGGCUCACUCCACAGGCAUUUAGCCAUUUCACAUUUGAGCGCUCUGGACACCAGCUGAUAGUGGUGGACAUUCAGGGUGUUGGUGAUCUUUACACGGACCCUCAGAUCCACACCUCGAAAGGGACUGACUUUGGAGAUGGCAACCUGGGUGUCCGUGGCAUGGCUCUUUUCUUCCACUCUCACCUGUGUAAUAAAAUCUGUAGAAGCAUGGGCCUGACUCGCUUUGACUUGUCCCCGGCUGAAACCGCACAACUGGACUGCACCAACAAACUGCUGCAGUCAGCUAAAACUGUUCUGCGGGGGUUUGAAGAGCAGUGCGGUUCGCCCAGGGUGAGGACCACCUCUCUCGGACACAUGCCUGUUCUCCUGUCCCGGCUCUCUGAGACUUCCUCGGUGGAUGAAAGCAGUGACACAGACUCGAUUCCCUGUUCUCCACUUAGCAUGGGAGUCUCUGUAGGCCGCUCACCCAUGGGCUGGUCAUUUAUGAAUGAAAUGAAUGAAACACACCGAUCACAGAACACAGAACAACAGGACUCUGAAAAUGGAGGAGACAGUGGUUACCCAAGUGAGAAACGCAGUGAAGGAGACCCAGUUGAACAUCAUGGUCAGGGACGUCCCAUCUACAACAGACAUUACUCAGAAUCGGAUGAGGACAGUGUUCGGCGGCUGACAGAGGAGAAGUGGAGUUUCUACCAUUCAUCUCGCUCUCACAUACACAGACCGUCCUGUGUGGCAGUGGAGGUGGAGAGACUUAACGCUCUGCUUCUCGAAAAGAAAAUUGGAAAAUCCAUCCUUGGAAAGGUUCAUCUAGCCAUGGUCCGCUACCACGAGGCAGGGCGCUUCUGUGAGAAGGAUGAACCAUGGGACCAGAUUUCUGCGAUGUAUCAUCUGGAAACAGCAGCCAUGUGUGGAGAGCUGGAGGCUAUCGUUGCUCUUGGCCAGUGUUACCUUCAGCUGCCACAUCACAUUCUACCAGAGAUCGAAUUAGAGCCGUCUGAGGAAAACAGCCAGAAAGGUUUCCAAUUCCUGCUGCAGGCCGCCGAGGCAGGAGACCGGCCGAGCAUGAUUCUGGUGGCACGAGCAUUCGACACGGGUCUGAAGCUCCCUUCUGAUAGGGCUAUGGACUGGACAGAAGCCGUGCACUGGUAUGACUCUGCCCUAAAGAUGACAGACUAUGAUGAGGGUGGAGAGUUUGACGGGAUGCAGGACGAGCCACGAUACCUUCUGCUGGCACGUCUGGCUGAGAUGUACCAGGAGGGUGGAAACAACCUGGAUGCAGACCCCCAAAGAGCAGGAGAUCUUUUCACUGAGGCAGCUGACGCAGCAAUGGAGGCCAUGAAGGGCAGACUGGCCAAUCAAUACUACAUGAAAGCAGAAGAAGCAUGGGCUAUGAUGGAAGAAUAAAAUCAAAAUGAUUUACAGAAUGAUGAAAAUGGUUUCUAUUUUACACCCAGACUGUUUACAUGCUGUUUUCAAUGCCUUAUGUUUUCCUUGGGUCCAUCUGACUUAAGAGAAAUAAUGCUGAACCUGGAUCAGUCUUUUAAUGAAUGUGAAAAGGGCAUACGCUGAUUCAAGAUCAGUGCUAUACUAAGGUGCUAAACACACAUACUCUUCUGGUUAAUUUUUUUCCAGAGUAUUGCACAGCGUCUGCUGCAUGUUCAGAUUGUUUUGUGGGAAUUUGGGAUAUGUGCAUUAUCUGUCAUUAAUUUCAGUUUCUUGUUUCUAAAAGGACAACUGGAUGUUCCCUUAAUAUUGUGACUGUUAAAAAAGGACAUCACUUAUGAUUUAGCAUACUUGUGUAAAGUUUAUUUGCUAGUAUUGGUAAAUGUGCUUUAUAAGGGUUUUAAGAGUUGUGAUUUUAGCCUAUUUUGCGUGAAUACCAUCUAAAAAAAUAAUAAUUAUAAUCAUAGUUCAUUAUUAUUAAAGUGUGUGAUCACUUUUGCUGGUAAUUUUUUAAUCAGAAAAAAUAAAUUAAUUAAAAUUUUAAAAAUAA